CACCUCCAGCUCGGACAGACGCCAGCGCGCUGUGGACGCGCCUCAACACGAAGGACGGGCCAACCGACCAGACUGGCUCCUCCGACCGCAGUGUCCGGUUCGGACUGUCGGUCCUGCUGAUCCGGGGAUUUAUCCGCAUUUAAAUCCUGCAGAGGCGGUGCUAUGGUUUAAAAGGAUCCUCGGAUUUGCAAAGCGAUCAGAGAUCAGUUUGGACAACGUCCCCCUGAGAAUGUGCAGAUUUUUUUUUUUUUCAUUUAGAUAAAAACUGAUUAAAUUUCGACAUGUCCUGCACCCAAAGAGACAAUGGAGCUUCCACAAACUCCACAGAAGACAAAAGAACAGACCCGAGAUGCAAGGAGAAGAAAUGUUCAUGGGCUUCUUAUAUGACAAACUCUCCAACAGUGAUCGUGAUGAUCGGCCUGCCUGCAAGAGGAAAGACCUACAUGUCAAAGAAACUCACACGUUAUCUCAACUGGAUUGGCGUUCCAACCAAAGUGUUUAACUUGGGUGUGUAUCGCAGAGAGGCAGUCAGAGCCUAUAAAUCUUAUGAUUUCUUCCGCCACGACAACGAGGAAGCCAUGAAAAUAAGAAAGCAGUGUGCUCUGGUGGCUCUGCAGGACGUGAGGGUCUACCUAACAGAGGAGGGGGGUCAGAUUGCAGUUUUUGAUGCAACAAACACAACGAGGGAUCGGCGAGAUCUUAUUCAAGCUUUCGUGAAAGAGAAUGGCUUCAAGGUGUUCUUUGUGGAGUCAGUGUGUGAUGACCCAGAUGUCAUUGCUGCUAAUAUUCUGGAAGUUAAAGUCUCCAGUCCAGAUUACCCUGAGAAGCACAGAGAGAGGGUAAUGGAGGAUUUCCUGAAACGGAUUGAGUGCUACAAGGUCACCUAUCAACCGUUAGAUCCUGAUGACUAUGACAAGGACCUCUCUUUUAUCAAGGUUAUAAAUGUGGGCCAGCGUUUUCUGGUGAACCGAGUGCAGGAUUACAUCCAAAGCAAGAUAGUCUAUUACCUCAUGAACAUCCAUGUCCACUCACACUCCAUUUACCUGUGUCGACACGGAGAGAGCAACCACAAUGUGGAAGGACGGAUCGGAGGAGACGCUGAGCUUUCUCCAAGAGGAAAAAAGUUUGCCCACGCCCUGAGAGAUUUUAUUGAAGAGUAUGAGCUGUCGGAUUUGAAGGUGUGGACGAGCCAGCUGAGAAGGACCAUCCAGACAGCAGAGGAACUCAGUGUGCCAUAUGAGCAGUGGAAAAUCCUCAAUGAGAUUGAUGCUGGUGUGUGUGAGGAGAUGACUUAUCAAAUGAUCCAGGAGACCUUUCCAGAGGAGUUUGCUCUGAGAGACCAGGAUAAAUACCACUACCGCUACCCAGGAGGAGAGUCCUACCAAGACCUUGUACAGCGCCUUGAGCCUGUUAUCAUGGAGUUAGAGAGACAGGGAAAUGUCCUGGUUAUCUGCCACCAGGCGGUGAUGCGCUGUCUCUUGGCUUACUUCCUGGACAAGAGUGCAGAUGAUCUCCCUUACAUGAAAUGUCCACUCCACACAGUGCUUAAGCUAACUCCAGUUGCAUAUGGUUGUAAAGUGGAGAUGUUUUAUCUGAAUGUGGAGGCGGUAAACACACACCGAGACCGGCCACUUUUCAACACAUUGGCGCCGCAGCUGCACUGGAUCCCUUCAUGUGAGGCUUUGCUGAUGCCUUUCUGUACAGCCCAGUUUUGUUCUGCCUCUUCUAUCUUUAACUUUAAUUAAUCAGCUUGGCUUGAGCUCUGAACCUAACACUUUUAAAUAAGGUUUACUUUUACUCAUAUUUUAGCUCCCUGGAAGCUGUGGCUGAUAAUGCAAACUGCUUGGCUGACUUCAUUAUUACCAUUAAAUAUGACUGCAUCUUGAUUCAAUUAUUGUGUGUAUCUGAAAAAAGAGUGUGAGGCACAAUUAGGCCAGAAUUUCCAACUUUAAAUGGAGUGCCAUACAAAAGUAUUCAUAGCAUUGAUCUUCUUGAGAUUUUAUCAAUAUUCUUUAAUUUGGUAGAGAACAAAAAGCAGCGCAUUAUGUAAAAUUGAAAGAAAAUAAUGUGUUUUUUUAUUGAAAGUAUGAUGUGCACACUAUAUUUUUCAGCUUUUAGACUUAGACUUAUUUUAUUGUUGUUGCACAAAGACACGACAGUGAAAUUGGCAAAAAAAUGUAAUUGUUUUUAUUUGUAAUAAAUGUAUUCUCCUCAUCCUUCCACUUCAGACAUGUAUAUUUCAGAUGUGACAAAAUGUGACACUUCUGCAAGAGACUCUAGUUUUUCUAUUAAGAUACAUACUUUCCGAUGCAGGUUUUUAUCUCGUCAGUCAGAGCUCCACUGUAUCUGUCCAUUAAUGUGGGCAGGUAUUUAGAAUGGCUGUGUCCAUUCAGGUGGUUCCCCCGUCUCAUCUGUCCCCCGAUCUUUUUCCUUUAACCCUUGCGGUAUUUCAUCUUCUGACCAGGGUAAGGUUCCGAGGGACUCUGCUCUCAUACAUCGCCG